AUGGUAUUGCUUGAUGAAGCUGUUCAGCAACGAGUAUUCUCAUUUCUGACACGAGUUAUUCCGUUAUUAGACGAAAAUCACGAAAAACCGACGUUACACGACUUCUUUCCUCACUUUCACAACUGUUUGGAGGACUGUUUGGACAAUGAUCAGUUGAAACAUGGUAUGAGUUUGUGUGUUAAUGUGGUUUUGUUGGUUUAGAGAAGCUUUGGGAUGUGGUAAUAUUGGUGUUGUUGAAUAAGUUGAGGUUUUCAGAGCUGUACGCUGAAAAGAACGUUGUUUUAUUUGGAAGAAUUGUGAAUACGUUGCUCAAUUUGUUUUUGAAUGACGGAAUUGACAAAAUGAUAAGGUAUGUUUUGAAGAAUGUUCUCUUGUUUGUGUAUUUAGAUGGUAUUUGGUAAAAAUUUGUUGAGAAAACAUAAUAUAAAACAAGUUUGCUCAAUAUAAUAUAAAACCUGGACUUCUUUUUCUAUACUACAAAAUAUUAUUUUUGUUAAAUUUUCAGAUUUCAGAGAGAAUUCUGGUCGAAUAUUGGUUAAACUGUUCGAACUUUACAACCUACAAUCUGACACAUUAUCAGCUGCUUUAUUUUUACCUGGAGUUAUUAGCAAAUCAUUACUAGUAAUCAAAAAAUCACCGGAAAAUCAAUUUUCUUUGAUUUCUUUGAAAGUAAGUUUAUUUUAUUAUUUGGUUUUUAGGCGAUAUCUGGAGUUAUAUAUUCUUUGUUAAAGGAAAAAUCGGAUUUGGAAACACAGUUAAGAUUAGAAAAACGGUUUUGAUAUUGAAUGUAAAGUUAUUUAUGGCUAUUAUAAAGCUUUUUUAAAAUUUAUGAGAUAUCAAAAUCAAUUGCUUGUUUGGCUAAUAAUUUUUGAAUUUUUAACAUGGUUCAAACUAUACUUUUGUAAAUCUUAUGAUUUCAGGUGAUUCACAACAUAUCGCUUCUUGUUUUGAAUGACUCUCAAUAUGAAAAGUUUGAAAACAAUCUGAAGAGCAAUGAAGAUAAAGAGAAUCGUCUUAAAGUUGUUCGAAACCCACAGUUUUUUAGGAAAAACGGACAAAAGUUGGCUGAAAGCGUAAGAACAUAAUUUUUAAUUGAUUUUUGUAUUCCGUUUUCAAGAACUUUGUCAUUUUAUGGUUGUAGAGAUUUAUAUGAUAAAGUUUUGUUAUAAAAGUUUAAUUUAGGUAAAGCUGAUCUCAACUUACAUGUCUAAGACUUUGAAUGAACGAAAUAGAGAAGAAUUACUUGAUUUAUUGCUGGAUUUAAACAAAUCUUGUUCAAAAUGCUUGGAAGACACUAGUUUUGAAGAAACCAAGUUUAGGACGAUGUUAUUUAGCAUGGAUUUGGAAUGGCCUGGGUGAGUAUUGAUGUCUAGAUGAGUAUUGACUAUUAUUUUCUGUUUUUAGGUAGUUUUGAAUCAUGACUUUCAUUUUUUUUUUGGUUUUGGGUAAUCAGUAGCCUUGAUUGUAUAAUACUAUAUUGUGACAAUUGUCUAUAAUGUUGUGCUACAGUUAUCGAUUUUAAAGCUUAAAUUUCAGAAUCCAAACAAAGUGCGAAAAGCUAAAAGCUCAGUUUCUGGCCAAGAAUCACGAAGAUCUUUAUAAGUUACUGAAGGCGUUUAUCAACACAUCAGUUGACGGAAUAGUAAAAGAGAAUGCGAAUUCAGAAGAUUUGUUCACCGUGGUAUGUUGUGAAGUUUAUUGUCGGAAACAUUUGAGACGUUUUGUGAUAUGAAUGAUUAAAAGUUUAAAAUAACGUUUAAAAUGACUUUUUUCAUUUGUCUAACCUAAGGUUACAUAAAGAUGUAAUAAAUUAAGAUUUUACAAAAAUAAAAAAUGAUUCUAUACUUAAUCUUUCUAUUUUUAGCUAGUCAACACCAUGACCAUGCUGAAUAAAGCAGAUUGUGCCAAGUUGUUUGCCAAAGAACGCGAUAGAAAGUCGAAUUUGAUGUGGAAGUUGCGGAAAUGCCUGAUAAACAAUGUGAAAAUAGAUACGAACAAGGUCGAGUUAAGUCAAACUAGUACAACAUUUGGAAAUUUCGAAGGAAUUCGAUUCGUUGGAUGUGUGGACAACAAGAAAUUGAAGAAAAUCGCUCAAGUUUUGGUUACAAACGCAUUUUUUAAGGUGAAUAUUGGCAUCUUAGAGUCAAAUUUUAAUUUUUUAAAUUUGUUUUACAUUGUAAAUUACGGAAACAAGAGUAUUUUGUUUUAGUAUAGGUAUAAUAUGGCAUCAAAAAGAGUUUAAACAAUGAAAACUAUAUAUUUUUAGAAGUUUCUCCGAUCAAUGACAAGGUUUCAAGCAGGAAAAACCUAUGAAAACGAUCAAAAACUGGCUGCUGCUAUUGUGAUGUCGUACCUUCUGAAGGCGGCAAAUGAACAGAAAUUAAAUUGCGAUCAAAAUUUAGAAGAAUUAUUUGUGAAAAAUGGAUUAAAGUACAUUGAAGAGCUGGAUAAGAUGGAUAACAUCAAUGUUAUUGUUGGAAAUGAAAAGCCUUUAGGUAUAAAAUUGCGGUUUGAGCUUUAUUUGAGCAUGUUGUGGUAGAUAUUGGGAUGAUAUUUAUAGUUUUUUGAUUUUUAUAUUGUGUUUUAAUAAAAACGGCAUAACUUUUACAAAAUUCUUGCAUGAUAGUUUGUACUAGAGGUCAGAAACGGGCCGGUUCCGAUUUUGAGGCUGGGUCCAACUUUUAGGCCGGGCCAACUAUAGCUCAAAUUCGGACUGGACUUACACGGUUCGUUUCUCACUUCUAGCCUGUACUACAUUUAUUUCUCAAUGCUGUUAUGAUAUUUUUUAUGUAUUUUCUUCUAUUACAAAACGUUUAAAUUUGAUUAUGUUCAUUUUCAGAUCUACAAUCACAAAAUACAAAAGAAUCUAUAUAUUGUUGUACAUUAUUGACUGUUCUUGGUUCAUCUACAGCCCUAAUGAACUCAAAAACGAGCAGAUUUCAUAAGUUUGCUGUAGACUUGUUGUAUUGUUUAUUGAACUUUUUGUCAUCAACCAAUCUUAUGAUAGCUAAAGUAGCUCACACUUCUUUGAAUACGUUGGCUGAGGUGGGUUUUUUGGUUUUAUUUGUUAAUUUGUUAGGUUUUAUUCAAUGUUUUAGGGUUAUUUUAGAGUGUUUUAGGCUUGUAGUUGAUCUGUUUUUGAGGUUUUUGGCUUAUAAUUGAUUUUUUAGUAGUUUGUAGGCUUACAUCUGAGCAUUUUUUGAGUUUUUUAGGCUUGUAAAACUCAAAAAAUCUUAAAAUUGAUUUUUUUUUGAAUUUAUCAUACCUAAAUCUCGUGUUUAUUUUAGAUUUCUGGGUGAUUUACUUUACGUUUUUAAAAAUGUGACCUUAUUUUACGCAAUUUUAGCUCUAAAACACAACUUUUUCAGAAACAAAACAUGACAAUCGACGAAUUCAUAAGCGAGAACGUGGACAAAGUUGUAUUCAAAGUGGCACAACAAUGUGAAAACUUGAAAAAGUACCCGAACUCACCAUUUGUAUUGGCUGAACUACUGGACCGAGGCUAUGGAAAAGACAAAUUUGAACAGUUGAGGCUGAUAAUGCCAAGUUUGCUACAGGGAAUCGAUCAAAAUGACAAUGUAUGUUAAUAUUUUUGAAUUUAAAGGGGGUUUGGGUCAAAAAAGAAAGGUAGUUUUAGCUAUUUUUUAAGGUUUUGUUUAGUUUUUGCUUGUUUUUGGGAUGUUAGGCUUGAAAAAAAGUGAUUUUUUGGUAAUAAUCUUGUAGAAAACCGUAGAGAACGAUGCUUUAUAUGAAGCUUAAGGUCAAAAUGGACAUAAUUUUUAAUGUUUUUGCUUUUUUUAAGACGUUGAUUGUGAAAAAAAUUAAAAUUUAGGUAAUAAUCGUAUAGAAAGUUAUAGAAAAAGAUAUUGUAUAUGAAUUUUAAGGCCGUCUUGCGCAUUAUUUUUAAGGUUUUUGUCAAGUUACAUAUUUUAAAACUUCUAAAAUGCUUUAUUCUUUUAGCUAAAGCUCAUUCCCUGCCUAAAAGCAAUGAAAAGCUUUCUCAAAUGUGUUCAUCAAUGGUUUGGCGAACCGAAAAUUGACAAAGAUGAACAAAAUGAACUGCAAAAUGAAGUGAAAUCAUUAGAAAUUGAUUCAGAUGAAGAAGAAAUAUCAGAUGAAGACAAGUAUGAAGGAGAAGAAUGCUGGAAAAGAUUGGAGAAGAUCAAGGAGAAAUUUGAAAAACAAAGACGAAUUCAAGCCAAUUUUCAACCGACUGUCAAUGAAGAGGAAGAUGUUGAACCUCCAUGGCCUGUGGAAUGUGCUUAUAGGGUCAUUCAGAAGUAUGUUAUGUUGUUUUAUGUUUUGGAGAAAAAUAGUGCCUCACGUUUUACAAAAAUGCCAUUUAUAAACUCCAAAAUGAAUAUUUUCUAGGACCCAACACCUUCACCAUUGCGAAUACGCCUACCCAAAACUAAUCCUAAUGCAAAUCCUUCAAAUCGGCUUUAGAAUCAUGCGCAACUGCCAAGACCAACUCCUACCCAUGAUACACCAAAACUACGUCCCAAUGUCAAUAUCAAUGCGAAGAAAGUUGAAAGAAAGAAAAAUCGAAACCUCGGGUGAAAACUAUAUUAUCCUGGCGGCUGAGUUGAGCACAUUGAGUGUAAUGUGCGAAACUUCAGGACGUUUCAUGCACAUGAAGAUCAGGAAUGAUAUUGAGGAUGAAUUGGCUGGAUUCAUGAAAAGAACCGCCGAGAAAUCGAGAAAGACUUGUUGUAUAUAUGAGCAAAGCGCGUUGUUCAAGCUACAGAAGAUGGCGUUUGAAUGGUAAGGCUUUGAAUGGUAUUUGGAGGGGGAAAGGUAGUUGAUGCUGGGAGGGGAAAGGGGUUGAUAAUGAAAGGGGAAAAGGAGUUAACAAUGCGAUAGGAAAGGGGUUUGCUGGGAGUGGAAAGGGGGUGAUCUUGGAGAAGGAAAGGGGAUGGUAGUAAGAGGGGGAAAUGAGGUGAUAAUGGGAGUUGCAAGGGGGUAGUAAUGGUAGAGGAAAGGGAGUAAUAAUAGAAGAUGAAAGGGGUGAUAAAGGUGGAAUUUAGGUUAAUAUCAUGUCUAUGUACUAACGUGGUUUUCUAUGAUAAUAUUGAGCGAGAAGGAUAGGUAUUGAAGAAUUUGUUUUGAAAAAAUUUUUGAUAAGUACCUCGGUUUAGAAUGCUCCAAUCUAGAGUGGGGUGCCUUGUUCUAUGUUAUAUUGUAACGAUUAGUACUUUUUACUUGAUUUUGCUACGAAAGACAUGAGACAAGGCACAGAAAUUUUAUGUUAUAUUAGGUUGUCCAAAAAAUUUUGAGCUAAAACGUUUUUUUUAAAUACACCUGAUAAAAAUAAUGAAAGGAUUAUAAAGUAAUGUUAACGUUUUAGUUGGCCUUUAUAUUGCACUUAUGCUGAAAUGGAUUCAUCAAAACUCGAAGAAACAGCCAAACUUUACAUUGACGAUCUAAAACAACAUCAGAAACUCAGGGAAUAUGCUGAAAAUUCUUUGAAAACUGUGAAGGAAUGA